AUGAUUAAUGCACUCUAUGAUUGCUUUAUAAAUUUAGAAAAAAUGUCUAGUGGAGAUGAAGAUGAAAGGAAGUUAUGUAAAUACGGAGAUAGUUGUUAUCAAAAAAAUCCACAGCAUCACAGGAGAUUCAAACAUCCAAAAAGGAAAACUGAAGAUAUAGUUGAAAAUGUAGGAAAGAAAAUUAAAACAGAAACAUGUUUUAGUGAGAAAGUUACUGAAGACUGUGAAAAUGUUAUAAUUACAGAUAUUCCUCAAGAUAGUUUAAAUGGAUCUGCCCAAGAUGAUAGUUCGGCCUUUAUUGACAUUAGUACUAUAGAGGAUAUCAAGGAUAAAAUAGAAACUGUGUUUUUGGUUAAAAUGCCCAAUGAUUUUUUCAGCUUCUUUGAUUUUUGUGAAUCUCUUGACAAAGAAAACCCUAAACAAGCUUUAAUUGCUGCAGGGCUCAGUUUAGUUGGUCCAUUUGACUUAAUUACUCAAGAUUUUCUUAAGAUCGAUCAAACUGCUGCAUUACAGCAUUAUCGUUACUUUUAUGAUCCACCCGAAUUUCAAACAGUUCUGAAAUGUGAUGACAAAAAUUUGUUACAUUAUGGUUACUUUAGAGAUGAUCCCAAGGAAGAACCAGUAUUUGUUGCAAGUAAUGAAGCCAACGUUGAUUGCACAUUGAAUAUUAUUUCUGAAAACUUAUUUUCAGCUGUGGAUAUUCAUUUAGAAAAAAGAAAGAAAAAAGUUGAUCCUUUUAAAAAGAUGAAAAUCCAAAAAAUUCAAGAGGCUCUUCAUAUUUGGUCGAGUAAAAAUGGAUUUAGUUUAGAUUCACUCUCCAAGAAAAUGAGAGGUAGGAGAAGCAAAGUUGUAGCUAAAACAUUUCAUGGCGCAGGCAUGGUAGUUCCAUAUGACAAGAAAACAGAGGUCGGCUACCGAGAACUUAAAGAAAAUGAUGUUACCCUUAAAAAAAUGUUUAAAAGUUUAGUCGAAGCUGAAACAGAAGAAGAAAGAAAACUACUUUGGGGAAAGUUACAACCAGUAUUAACUUAUGCAAACAUUGCUAAUGAUGAAUGUGAUUUCGGAACUGGUCUUGAAUUAGGAGUUAACAGGAAUAAAAGAGAAGCCGGAGGAGUCCUGUUCUUGUUCCAUAAUGACCUGGCUUCAGUAAUAAAGGCAUGGAAGUUCGUAAAUGAUCAAAUCAUGGUGUUUGAUAUUGUGAAAGGCGAGAAGAUUCAUUCAUUCAUUGUCGCCUACGGACCUAACGAAAAUUCAUUUAUGAAGAAUGGAAGAAAAUAA